AUGGCUGCCUCUAUUGCUCCAGAAUGCAACGAUAUCAAGGAGAAAUACGACACUUGCUUCCUCAAGUGGUAUAGCGAGAAGUAUCUCCGUGGCAAUGGACAGUCCAAUGACUGUGAUGAAUUGUUUUCAAAAUACAAGGCAUGCUUACACAAAUCUCUAAAAGAGAAGGGCAUUGACAGCAUGCUGGAUGACGCUCGAAAGAGCAGCAGCGAAACAGAUGCCGAGUUUCUGAAAAAAUCCUGA